ACACACACACACACACACACACACAGGAAGUCAUCCUCUCAUUACAGACUCUAAUCUGAAGCCAAAGUUUUUCCUGAACCUCAAACAAGAUUAAACUAACCCCCCCCACACACACACUGAGUGUGUAUGUCUCUCUCUCUCUCUCCCUCGUUCGACCUGACAUCAGCACUUUCUCUCCGUUCGUCAGGUUCAGGAUUUUCUUCUUGUUUCAACUGAAGCUGAAGUUUUUUCUUCGACAGAUGAAUCUUUGAGUCAAAGGUCGUCAGGAUGCAGAUCCUCCAGUUGCUGCUGUUGCUCUGUCUGUGGUUCAUAUUUGUGACGGAUGUUUGGUCUGCGACCUUCAAACUGGCUCUGAUUGGUCCGUGGUCAUGUGACCCCAUGUUCUCCCGGGCGAUGCCAACGGCAGCAGCCAACCUGGCGUUGUCACGGUUACGGAGCGACGGCAGUCUGAGCAGAGGAUAUUGGUACGAUGUGAAACUGCUGGACGAGGACUGCUCCGUCUCCAAAGCUCUGACAGAACUUGGGGAGAUGGAGGGUUAUGGCCACGCCUACAUUGGACCCUUUAACCCCGCCCUCUGUCACGCCGCCUCCUUACUGACUCAGCACUGGGAGGCGGGACUCGCCUCUCCGGGCUGUCUGGACUCUGAUUGGGCGAACCUGCCGCCCAUCACUCCUCCCAGCAGAGUCCUGUUCACCGUGCUCAGGUUCUUCCGCUGGGCGCAUGUCGGCAUCAUCUCAGCUCCGUCCAACCUAUGGGAGAGCACUGGACAGGAAGUGGCCUCGGUGCUGCGGUCUUUGGGCCUGCUGAUUGGUCCGGUGGUUACCAUGGAAACAAAAAACAAUGGUGGAGCUCGGGAGGCACUGAGAACGAUCAAAGACGCCGAUAAGGUCAAAGUCGUCAUCAUGUGUAUGAGCUCCGUUCUGAUUGGUGGAGAGGAUCAGAGAGAGCUCCUAUUGGCUGCUCUGGAGAUGGGGAUGGUUUCUGAUGGUUACAUCUUUAUACCGUACGACGCCCUGCUGUACGCCAUGCCGUAUCAGGACACAGUGUUUCCUCAGCUGACCAACAGCACGCAGCUUCGUCACGCCUACAGCUCUGUCCUGACCGUUACCAUGGCGUCCGACCAGAGUUUCUACGAAGCUUUUCAUCAGGCUCAGAUGAGCCGAGAGAUCCGGUCUGUGGUCUCCGCCAUGGAGGUGUCUCCAGUCUUUGGCACCAUUUUUAACAUGGUGUACUUCGUUGCUAAGGCGGUGGAGGAGCGUCGUCAGGCAGGGGGCGGGCACUGGGUGACGGGGAACCGGCUCGUCCAAUCAGAUGGAGGCUUUGAUUUCCAGGGAUUCAAUCAGGUGUUGUACGGAGGUAGAGAGGGGCGUGGCCUUCAGUCCAGGUAUGUGGUUUUGGACAGCGACGGUGACCGACUCGUCCCGACUCACUCGCUCGCUCCGACGCACACGGACGGGAUGGUCGGAGGUCUGAGGCCGCUGAGCCGCUCCUUCAUCUUCCCCGGAGGAAAACCCCCCACAGACAGCUUCUGUUGGUUCAGUCCAGAGGAGGCCUGCAGCGGGGGAGUCGACACAGUCACCGUGUUCUUCAUCUUCCUCCUGCUCUGCGCUCUGAUUGGAGCAUUUUCCUACUGGAUCAGGAAGUACAAGAGAGCAGCAAACGUCACCAAACUGAUCCUGACUCUGGACGACAUCGUCUUCAUUGACACUCAAGUCAGCAGGAAGAAACUGAACGACGAGUCGAUCAUGAGGAGUCUCCUGGAAAUUAAAACUCCGUUUCGCUCGAUCGCUCGAAGUUACAUCCUGACGACACCUGAGAGCUCCAACAUAGGAAUACUGGAGGGUGACUGGGUUUGGCUGAAGAAGAUUCCUGUUGGAAAGACGAUGACGGCCGUGAAUCCAAACACCCAGAGUCUGUUCAGCCAGCUACGGGAGAUGAGACACGAGAACCUGAACCUGUACCUGGGUCUGUUCCUGGACUCUGGGAUCUUUGCUCUGGUGGUUGAACACUGUCCUCGAGGAAGUCUGUCCGACCUUUUGUCCGACAGCAACAUGAGGCUGGACUGGAUGUUCAAGUCCUCCUUACUCAUGGACCUCAUCAAGGGGAUGAAGUAUCUUCAUCUACGAGGUUUGAGUCACGGUCGACUGAAGUCGACAAACUGUUUAGUCGAUGGACGUUUUGUUCUGAAAAUCACUGACUAUGGUCUUCCCAUGAUCCUUCACUCUCAGAGCCUCAGUCUUCCUGACGACCCACAAGAGCUGCUGUGGACAGCUCCGGAGCUCUUGAGGAAUCCGGUUCGUGGAGGUUCGUUUGCUGGAGACGUUUUCAGUUUCUCCAUCAUCAUACAGGAAGUGAUCUCACGGACGCUGCCGUACGCCAUGAUGGACAUGCCGGCACACGAGAUCGUGGAGCGUCUGAAGCAGCCCCCUCCUCUCUGCAGACCGGUUGUGUCGGUGGACGAGGCUCCGGCCGAGUGUCUCAGUCUGAUGAACGAGUGUUGGAACGAGGACCCGAGUAAAAGGCCAAGUUUUGACGACGUGUUCAAACAGUUUCGGGGCAUCAACAGAGGGAAGAGGGCGAACAUCAUCGACUCGAUGCUGCGGAUGUUGGAGCAGUACAGUUCAAACCUGGAGGAUCUGAUCCGAGAACGAACGGACGAACUGGAGGUCGAGAGAAACAAGACGGAGAAACUGGUCGGACAGCUGCUUCCAAAGUCUGUGGCUCAGGCUCUGAAGAAAGGGAAACCGGUUCAACCUGAACAUUAUUCAGACUCCACUCUUUACUUCAGUGACAUCGUUGGAUUUACAACCAUCUCAGCGCUCAGUGAACCCAUCGAGGUGGUCGACCUGCUGAACGACCUCUACACCAUGUUUGAUGCCAUCAUUGCUUCUCAUGACGUCUACAAGGUAGAGACCAUCGGAGACGCCUACAUGGUGGCUUCAGGCGUCCCCAACAGGAAUGGGACUCGACACGCAGCUGAAGUUGCCAACAUGUCUCUGGACAUCCUGCACUCGAUCGGAGCCUUUAAGAUCAAACACAUGCCUGAGAUCAAAGUCAAGAUCCGCAUCGGACUGCACUCAGGUCCGGUUGUAGCAGGUGUGGUCGGCCUCACGAUGCCCAGGUAUUGUCUGUUUGGAGACACGGUGACGACAGCGUCGCACAUGGAAGCUACAGGACUGCCCUACAGAAUCCACAUCAGUCUGAGCACAGUGAAGGUCCUGACCAGUCUCAAACUGGGAUACCACUUUGACACCAGGAAGGCACAGGUGAAGGGUUCAGAGGACACGUACUGGCUGAUCGGUCGAGAUGGAUUCACCAAACGUCUUCCUGUUCCUCCAGACCUCACUGGAGGGGCCAGUAACCAUGGGAUCAGUCUGGAUGAGAUUCCAGUUGAGAGACGACAAAAAUUUCUGGAUCGACAGAAGAAAACAAAGAAAUGAUGCCAACACACACACACACACACACACACACACACACACACACACACACAUGGACACACACACACUCUCCCUACCUCGAGGACUGUGCUUUAAGGACAUUUUAUCAGCUGCUGAAACAUUUUCAGUCAAAUCCAAAGAAAUUGAAUGUGGAGAAGAAGCUUCUUAAAUGCUGUGAAAUCUGAAUGGAGUUCUGAAUGGAGAACUGUAACAUCUGAGGACACUCAUCUCUGAUUGGUCACUGAUGCUGUCAUCAGACACACACAGACAUACACUGAGCUACUGAUCAAUAAUCAGUUGAUCAGUUUUCCUCUCUGUGGUUAUAAAAUAUCCAAACUUCAGUCUCAUGUUUUUCUUUGUGAAGACAGAGCUCAGAGUGAUGACGUUUAAAUCAAUGAUCUGAGUUUAGUUCUACAGUUAUUAUUGAUCCAAUAAAUAAAGUUUAAGAUAAUGUGAGAUGUUAGGAUCCAGGAGAAACUAAUAUUUCUGUCUCUGUUAAAUUAAAACCAGAUUUAUUGAUUCAUUAUUAAUGUUGUUGUUGAAGCUUCGUGUUUCUGUCACAUUACAUAUAAAAUGAAUGAAAUGUU